CACAACUUCUCCAUUGGUGUCUGAAGAGAUCUGUGAGUAGAGGAGCCUCAGAAGUCAGUCAAAUAGGACAGGGGAGCAGCUGCGAUGGCUUCAGGAAUCCUGGUGAACAUAAAGGAGGAGGUGACCUGCCCCAUCUGCCUGGAGCUCCUAACAGAACCCCUGAGCCUAGACUGUGGCCACAGCUUCUGCCAAGCCUGCAUCACUGCAAAGAACAAAGAGUCCAAGAUCGACCAAGGAGGAGAGGGCAGCUGCCCCGUGUGCAGAAUCACUUACCAACCUGUUAACAUGCGGCCUAAUCGGCAUGUGGCCAACAUAGUGGAGAGGCUCAAGGAGGUCAAAUUGAGCCCAGAAGAGGAGCAGAAGAGAGAUCUCUGUGUGCACCGUGAAGAGAAACUCCGGCUCUUCUGUAAGGAGGAUGGGAAGGUCAUUUGCUGGCUUUGUGAGCGGUCUCAGGAGCACCGUGGUCACCAUGUGCUCCUCAGGGAGGAGGUUGACCAGGAAUAUCAGAACAAGCUCCAGGCAACUCUGCAGGGGCUGAGGGCGAGGCAGUGGGAAGCUGAGGAGUUGGAAGCUGACAUCAGAGAAAAGAGAACUGCCUGGAAGAAUCAAAUACAAAAUGAGAGACAGAGUGUCCAGGCCGAGUUUAACCAAAUGAGAGGCAUCCUGGACUCUGAGGAGCAGAAGGAGCUGCACAAGCUGGCGAGUGAGGAGGGAACUAUUCUACAGAACCUGGCUGAGUCUGAGAAGGAGCUGGUGGAGCAGAGGCAGUUGAUGACAACUCUCAUCUCAGAUGUGGAGCAUCGGUUGCAGGGGUCAACACUGGAGAUGCUGCAGGAUGUGAAUGGCAUCAUGAAAAGGAGUGAGACCUUGACUCUGAGGCAGCCAAAUCCUCUUCCUAUGAAACAAAGGAGAGUGUUCCGAGCUCCUGAUCUGAGUGGGAUGCUGCGGCUGUUUAAAGAGUUCACAGACAAGCAACGCUACUGGGCCCUGCAGGGGACUGUGACCAAGAAGACCCUCAGGAGAGGCGGGAUUAGAACCAGGAGGAGCAGGGGAGCAUCUGUGAUGGCUUCAGGAAUCCUGGUGAACAUAAAGGAGGAGGUGACCUGCCCCAUCUGCCUGGAGCUCCUGACAGAACCCCUGAGCCUAGACUGUGGCCACAGCUUCUGCCAAGCCUGCAUCACCACAAAAAACAAAGAGUCCAAGAUCGACCAAGGAGGAGAGGGCAGCUGCCCCGUGUGCAGAAUCACUUACCAACCUGUUAACAUGCGGCCUAAUCGGCAUGUGGCCAACAUAGUGGAGAGGCUCAAGGAGGUCAAGUUGAGCCCAGAAGAGGGGCAGAAGAGAGAUCUCUGUGUGCACCAUGAAGAGAAACUCCGGCUCUUCUGUAAGGAGGAUGGGAAGGUCAUUUGCUGGCUUUGUGAGCGGUCUCAGGAGCACCGUCGUCACCACACAUUCCUCAUGGACGAAGUUGCCCAGGAAUAUCAGAAGAAGCUUCAGGAAACUCUGCAGAGGCUAAGGGCGGGGCAGCGGGAAGCUGAGGAGUUGGAAGCUGACAUCAGAGAAAAGAGAACUUCCUGGAAGAAUCAAAUACAAAACGAGAGACAAAGUGUCCAGGCUGAGUUUAACCAAAUGAGAGGCAUCCUGGACUCUGAGGAGCAGAAGGAGCUGCACAAGCUGGCGAGUGAAGAGGGAACUAUUCUACAGAACCUGGCUGAGUCUGAGAAGGAGCUGGUGGAGCAGAGGCAGUUGAUGACAACUCUCAUCUCAGAUGUGGAACGUCGGUUGCAGGGGUCAACACUGGAGAUGCUGCAGGAUGUGAGUGGCAUCAUGAAAAGGAGUGAGACCUUGACUCUGAGGCAGCCAAAACCUCUUCCUAUGAAACAAAGGAGAGUGUUCCGAGCUCCUGAUCCAAGAGGAAUCUUGAGAGUGUUUAAUGAGCUCACAGACAUGCGGCGCUACUGGGUUCACAUGACACUGGAUCCUGUCAAGUCUAAAUCAACUGUUUCCAUUUCUGCGUACCGGGGACAAGUGAAACCAAACAUACAAGCGCAUCGGGGUUACAAUUAUGAUCUUUAUGGUUUUCAAGUGACACCAACGGAAAAUACAUAUGAGAACGGAAAUGAUGAUGAUUGUGGUUUUCUGGGCUCCCUGGUUAUCAAUUCAGGGAAACAUUACUGGGAGGUAGAUGUGUCAGGGAAAACUGCCUGGAUCCUGGGGGUAUACAGUAGAAUAUAUUCUGGAUUCAACUUGAAGGUUUCAUCUAAACAAGGUAAAAAUUAUCAAAAUAGUUACACUAGAUACCAACCUAAACAUGGUUACUGGGUUAUAGGAUUACGGAAUCACUCUGAAUAUAAUGCUUUUGAGAACUCUUCCUCCUCAGAUCCCUUGAUCUUAACCCUUUCCCUGACUAUUCCUCCCCUUCGUGUUGGAAUUUUCCUAGACUAUAAGGCUGGCACUGUCUCAUUUUUCAAUGUCACAAACUACGGGUUUCUCAUCUAUAAAUUCUCUUCAUGUCAUUUUUCUCAGGAAGUUUUCCCAUAUUUCAAUUGUAUGACAUGUGGUACCCCCAUGACUGUGUGCUUGCCAAGCUCUUGAACCUUCUUACAAUGUCACUCAGGUUGUAGUGCCUCUUGGUUUGGGUGCAUCUAAGACAUUCAUCUUAUUUGCUCUGUUCUCAUCAUCUUUUCCUCACUGCCUUCCUUUUGUCCAUUUGAACGUGCCUCAUUCACCAAUAGGAUGUACAGUUUGCAUUGUAUCUUAUUUUUCCCAAUAUCAUGUUGGCACUAGGAGAUAGUUUUAACUCAUUUUAAUACUCUCAAGGAAAAAUGACUGAUGCCUCCUAAAGAAAAAUAAGUAUUGAGGUAAUACCUCUGACAAAUUUGACUGCUUAACUUCCUCUACCACUGACUGAGAAGAUGUGGGAAAGCUUUUCAACAAUUUUGACAUUAUCAAAGACCUUGCAUAUGAGUUAUCUGCAAAAGAAUGAGUCCGUAGUGAUGUGUUGGUUUACCCACGGUGCCCCUUGUUCAUCAAGGACAUAAGGAGAAAAUAUAAUAAAUACUAUGUACUAAGA